CAGCAUUAGAACACUAGAACACCUAUCGCAAGCCUCGCUCCCUUCGACUUCUCGUCAAAUCUCCUCCUUGCAUCUCCAAGCACAUCUUGUGCUUCCAGCCACCGUCUUGCACCUAACCUACCACCUAAGCACACGUACCAGGUCACACGGUCUCCGCACCGUAUCACUAACAGCACGCAUAAGACAAGCAAGAGGAAUUAUUCAGAGAGGCUGUCUACUUCAGUUUUCUCUUCAGUUAUUCAGCCUUUCUGGAAGCCUUCUUAAACAAAGGACAACUCAGAUCUUUACAAAGAUGUGCCGUUGGUUUGCAUACAUCUCACCUACAGAGCCAUGCCUAUUGUCAGACGUCUUGAUCACACCUGCCAAUAGCAUCAGCAAGCAAUGCUCAGAACACUACCUUCCAAAACUGCUACCACAUGGGGAGGACAAAGAACUCGACCACACCUCAGAUGAGCUCCUGCGCAUGCGCAACUCGUUGUUGAACAUGGAUGGGCUGGGAGUUGCCUGGUACACCGAGGCAGCGUCGUCCUACGUUAAGCACGUCACCGGCCUUCGACCGGCACUCUACAAGUCUCAAAGUCCACCUAUCAACGACUUCAACUUUAAAUCACUGUGCGAGAACACCGAAACCCACUGCGUCUUUGCCCAUAUUCGAGCCAGCAGCGGCAGCGUUGUCACUCAGGUCAACUCCCAUCCCUUCGUCUUCGGCCGCCAUGUCUUUAUGCACAACGGCGUGAUUUCCAAUUUCUCUGCCAUCCGUCGCGACUUGACAGACAUUCUCUCCUUCGACGCAUAUUGCAACAUCUUCGGCUCCACAGAUUCCGAACACGCAGCAGCACUCUACAUCACAAACCUGACCAACCACGGCGACAAGUCAACAUGGGAAAAGCCAUACCCCCUCAAAGCCAUGCUCGCUGCUAUGCGCAAAACCGUUCUGCAGAUCCUUCAACUCCAGCAUGCCAAGCUCGGUGCCGCCAACACUCCCAGUUCCCUCAACUUCUGCACCACCGAUGGCACAAAGCUCCUCGCAAUCCGCUUCCGCAAUCACGCUACCCAGCAGCCGCCCAGCUUGUACUGGUCCGAGUUCGCAGGCCGCACGCUGAAUACGAAGUACCCGGGACACCCUGAUGGCGAGGAAAUAGUCAACGAGGAAGCUGUGCUGGAUAAGGGCGAGAAGAUUGGUAAGCACACGAUAGUCGCCAGCGAGCCGACAACGUACGAUGAACAUGAGUGGCAUCUGAUCAAGGUGAAUCAUGCGUUGCUGGUUGACGAGGAGGGUGAGGAGAAGGAGGUGCAGCUUGAGUAUGAUGGGGAACUUAAUGCUGCGGAUCCGAAAUUUGAUGCGAAGAAGUAAGCAGCGGAAGUAAUGGGUCUCGUACGAGCUGCUGCCUUGACUAUCGC